AUGCCUGGUGAGUAUUGCACACAGGUGGUUGAAGUCCCUAUCAGGCCUCUUAAAUCAAGAUCUGGGUGCAAAACCUGCAAAAUUCGACGAGUCAAAUGCGGAGAGGAAAAACCUUCAUGUGUCCGGUGUACUAGUACGGGUCGCAAUUGCAAGUAUGAAAGCACCGCGUCCGGGACAUUCUCAUCAACAUCUUUGCCUGUCUCGGUUCAUAGCAGCGGCCCGGAAUUCUCAUCAACAACCGUGUGGCGGGAGCGUCGAGCGUUCGCAUAUUAUUUUGAACAUACAGCGUCUCUUAUCGGCGGAGAACUUGAUAUCGAUUUCUGGCGCACUAUUGUGCCGCAGGUUUGUCAAGCGGAACCGGCCGUCUGGGAUGCUAUCAACUCGAUUAGUGCAUUGUUUGAAAGUUCCGACCCAUGUCCAGAACUGAUUCCUCUACGCAAUGGACCUUUUCUGGGACUCAAUCAGAACCAUCGAGACGCAUUAACAUGGUAUUCUCGGUCUGUAUCUGCUGUUCGCCAGCGAAUUGAACGCGGUAACGUGGAUAUCUUUGUUGGACUUGUGACCUGCAUUCUUUUUAUUUGCAUUGAGGCUCUUCAAGGAUGUUUUGAGGAGGCAGUGCAACUCUAUUGUCAGGGUGUCCAGCUCAUUCUCGUUUUCCGGGCUCAGGUAGCCACGGGAAGUAUAUCGGGAGAUCGUGCUCCCUUACUUGAAAAUACGAUAGUUCCCCUGUUUAUCCGUCUUGGAUCACUGGCUAUCACCAGCCCUAGUCCCCCAGUAGCUCCUUUGCUUCAAAGCAAUGGCCCUACAGUGACAAAAGCGUUCGGGUCUAUCAAAGCCGCCAGAGAAUCACUUUUGCUUCUUGCUGCAGAGGCUCAGCUCUUUGAGAAUACUUGCAAUGCAGAACAUCCAAUAAACUCAAGACUUGCAGAUAUACCGGAGGAGUUGAUAAAGCAACACGCCGUUCUGCUGUCUAGGCUCGGUGACUGGCACACCAAUUUUACAAACCUGAUGGUGUCGGUACGCAUGAAAAGUGUUCUAUCGUCACAGCAACUUGGUACUACGGCUAUGCUUCUUGCCUAUUAUGAAACGACAUUUAUCAUACUCUCGGUGUGCUUGUCUCCAUUGCAAAUCUCCACAGACGCCUAUCUGCCAAAUUUCCAACGAAUUCUUGAGCAGUGUAGCAUCACACUUCAAACCUUAGUGCGAUCCGAUGGGUCUCAAAUACCUUUCACUUUCGAAGCUAGUAUUGGGUUUCCGCUUUGGUUCACUGGUCUCAGAUGUCGCGAACCUCGAAUCCGACGCACCGCGCUGGCUCUUCUGCGUCGGUCUCCUCAUGUACAAGGCUUUCACAGGACUCUUCCCGGAAUAGUAUUUUGCGAAAGGAUUAUGAUACUAGAAGAAACAUCUGCCCUGGCAAAAAAUGAUACCAAGCGAACACUUGAUUCAAAUUCUUCGAUCACAUUUCGCCCAGCCAUAGCCUCCGAGUCUCAUAUGCGGAAUGAUUUGAGCAUUCAGAGUGAAACAAUGAUUGCCAUACCAGAACCGGAAUCCUAUGUUAACAACAAUACGGGUCCUGUUGGUACACAAUUAAAGACAUCCUUGGCAGCUCUCAUUCCAGAGGAGGCACGACUUGGACCUGUCAAUGUGUUUCGCCCGAGGGACGGGUUUCCUCAAGGGGCCAUGGGAAAAGACAUAGUGAAAUGGAAUGGAAAUCGCGAUCAAACGUUUCUGCAAUUCUGGAGACAUGAACUUGACCCCUUAACUGGCACCUGGCAGCCAGUUCAUGAAUAUAUUCCCAUAGACUUCUUUUGA